AUGGCCAACCUUGCCGCUAUAAUACCGGCCGCCAAGGCGCCUCUCGAGGUCCAUAAAAUCGACAUCUAUGAACCCGGUCCUGAUGAAUUACUCAUCAGGAACGAAGUCAUCGCUUUCAAUCCAGUAGAAUUCAAGAUUGCGAAGCUCGGUAUCGUUCCUCUUCAAUACCCAGCCAUUCUUGGCUCUACCUUUGGAGGACGAGUCGAAGCGGUCGGCUCUCAAGUCACAGGGUUUCAAAUAGGCGAGAGGGUGGUGGUAUCAAAAAAGUUCGGGAUCAGAGAUAAUCAAUAUGGAGCAUAUCAACGAUAUGUGGUAGUUGGGGAUAUCAUGGUCAGCAAGGUUCCAGCCGACGUUGACCUUGCUAUUCCAGCCAGUCUUAUGAUGAAUUUGACCUGUGUGGUCGGUCUAUUCACUGGAAGAUUGGGAUUGGACAAGCCUAGCCUCAACGGAUCUGCACCAGCAAAAGCUCAGAAAAUAUUAAUUUUCGGCGGCUCCUCAAGUUUUGGUAGUCUUUCCGUUCAGUACCUUUCCCAAGCAGGGUAUAAAGUCAUCACGACCUCGUCGCCCAAGAAUUCCAAUUUUGUCUCCAACUUGGGAGCCACCGUUGUGAUAGAUCACACCUUAGAACAAGACAAGAUUAUUGAGGCGAUUGCUGUAGAGGGUCCUUACGAUCUUGUGGUGGACGCUAUCUCUCUGCCAGAUACAAUUGCUGUGACAGCCCGUGUACUUGUAGCCCAGGGUGGAGAGAAGUUAUACGCCACGCAACCUGCAUUUGGACCAGAAAUGCUUCCCAAUGGCAUAUCGCGCGUUUUUGAGCCAUGGUCAGACCCGCUCUACGAGGAAGAGAAUCGAGGAUUGCUAGAGUGGGUGAUCCAAACAUAUCUUCCGCAAGGAAUAUCUCAGGGAACUAUUAUUCCGCUCCCAAUAGAAAAGGUUAGUGGGGGUUUAAGGGGAGUUAAUGAGACACUCGAUAAGUUGCAGAAAGGAGUCAGUGGAAUUAGGUUGAUUACAGACCCUUGGGAAUAA